GAUAGAUGUAGGGAUAAAUUCUUCCAUUGUCUUAUCACGUUCCAAUGCUUCUGCAUUCCUCUCCAAACUAUGAAUAAAAUCAUAACUAUUUGAAAUAAAAUAUAAUAACUACAAUUAAAAGAAAGUAGAAAAAAGAGAGAAGAACAUGUUGGUGGCGGAAUUGAGUGGUUCGAACCUCGAUAUUCCUGAGGAGUUGCUGCAAGUUCUACCAUCCGAUCCUUUCGAGCAACUCGAUGUGGCUCGCAAAAUCACCUCCAUUGCCCUUUCAACACGUGUCAACACGCUCCAAUCAGAAGUUUCUGCUCUACGUGAUGAGCUCGUCAAGAAAGACGAGCUCAUCGCGGAGCUGGAAGCUCAGGGAGAGCCUCUCCACGCUGCUCUUUCUGAAGCCGCCGAUAAGCUUGCACUUGCUGAACAAGAUAAGGAGAAGUUGUUGAAGGAGAAUGCUUCACUUUCUAGUACAGUGAGGAAGCUCAGUAGAGAUGUCUCCAAGUUGGAGGUUUUCAGAAAGGCACUUAUGCAAUCACUUCAAGAGGAUGAAGAAAAACCUGGAGCAGUAUCACCCAACAUUGCAGCUAUGUUACAUAGUCAGUCAAGUACCACUUCCACAUCUCAGCUUGGAGAUGAAGAUGCUUCAUUGCCACCUAGACCUUCUUCAAUGCAAACCAAUACUUCUGAUGCAGGAAAUUCCUAUGCAGAGGAUCGUCAAUCAGAUGCUGGACCUGGACCUGGACCUGUAAGAUCUCAAGCAUCAUCAUCAUCACAUAAUAUUUUGUUAGCAUCCCAAACUACGACUCCUCGCAUCAGUCCUCCUGGUUCACCUCCUAUCGUUUCUGCAUCUGUAUCACCAUCAAGAACAUCUAAACCUGCGUCUCCAAGGCGCCAUGCGGUUUCCCUUCAAAUUGACAGGACUUCUUCAAUGUUUUCCUCUACUGGUUCAAUGUCUAGCUCUGGCACAGCACGAACUCGGGUGGAUGGAAAGGAGUUCUUUCGCCAAGUCAGGAGCCGUUUGUCUUAUGAGCAGUUUGGUGCAUUUUUAGCAAAUGUUAAGGAACUGAAUUCCCACAAACAAACAAAAGAGGAGACAUUAAAGAAAGCUGAUGAGAUCUUUGGGCCUGAAAACAAAGAUCUGUAUACUAUAUUUGAAGGAUUGAUUAGUCGCAAUGUCCAUUAAUUUAUUAUUCUUGAUGAAGUUUAAUCACAUAAUAAAUAAAUUGAUUCCUAGCUUGUAAUGCCUGAUAUUUCCUCUACUUCAGCUUCUUUUUCCCAACUGCGAAUUACUACAUGUUAAUUAUCAUUUUGUGGAAAAAUAUAUAUUCUUUGAA